AUGAUACACCUCGACACGAAGAGCCUCACCAUCAUGGCGAGAAGGAGUUGCCGACACAGCUUCAUCUACUUCCCCGCCAUCCCCUUCCUUGCCCACGACCUGAACGUCAGCAUCGAGAUCAACUUCAGCGUCACCGCGUACCUGAUCGCCUCGGGCGUCUUUCCCUCAAUAAACGGUAGCGCAGCGGGUCGAUAUGGACGACGUCCGGUGUUCAUCGCCACCCUUGCAAUGUAUGUAGCUGUUAACGUUGGACUGGCGCUCCAGAGGUCACUCGCGGCGCUUAUUUCCCUGCGCAUGCUCCAAAGCGCGGCGAUCUCGGGGUCAUUUGCGUUUGCGUAUGGGGUUUUGGGGAUUAACUUGAACACACCACCGAGCGUGGCCCCUAUGAUCAGUGGUCUCCUUCUGAUAAAGUGGAACUGGUCUUCAAUCUUCUGGUUCCUCUCGAUAUUCUCAUGCGCCGUCUUGCUAGCCGUCCUCUUUUUGCUUCCCGAGACUUGCCGAGCAAUCGUAGGAAAUGGCAGCACACGGCCGCCUCGUAUCGUCAACCGAGCGAUACUCCCAAUUCUGCGUCCACCAUGGAGCGAAGUUGUCACCACCACUGGCCUCGCAAGCCCAGAUUCGUCAAAGGACAAAACCAGGAAACCGAAAGCAACAGCCAAUCCCCUCACCGGCCUUUCCCUCCUCAAGCACCACGGCACAUUGCUCUCCAUAAUCUGCUAUGCAAUCUACUACACCGUCUACUCCUGCCUACAAGCCUCGCUCUCCACCAUCUUCGUCGAGAAGUACCACGUCACCGGCCUCGUUUCGGGACUGAUCUACAUCCCCUUUGGUGUAUCUUGCGUCAUCGCUUGUUCUCUGACCGACAAGUUGCUCGACCACGACUACCGGCGCACGGCAAAAGCGCUGGGAGUGACCGUUGACCAGAGGAGAGGUGAUGAUCUGGCGGAAUUUCCGAUUGAAUAUGCCAGACUGAGGACAUGUAAGUGGAUCACGGCGGUUUGUGGGCCGCUGAUAGUCGGUUAUGGGUGGGCGUUGCAAGGAAGGGCGAGUAUGGCGGUGCCGUUGGUGUUGCAGUUUUUAAUUGGGUUUACGAACCAGGUGAACUUUACCUCGCUCAACGCCCUUCUGGUGGAUUAUCACUCCGAUCAGUCAUCGACAAUACAAGCCGUCAAUAACUUGUUUCGGUGCGAGCUGGCAGCUGGCGAACUCGCGAUGUUGGAUGUGAUAUUGAGGAAACUGGGGCCGGGGAGGACGUUUGUCAUUUUUGCGGCGCUGCAUAUGGCGACGCUUCCGGGGUUGUGGGUGUUGGAGCGGUACGGAUUGGGGUGGAGGAAGGCGGAACGGGAGAAGAAGAAAAACGAGGAGAAAGAACAGGGGUGA